AUGAUGAACCACAACCACUCCCGUUAUCAAGUCCGUCUUGAUUUCAUUCAUAGGUUACUGAGUGAACAUUUUGGUCUGCCGGAUACCGAAGUUACGCCAAUCGCAUACGACCCCGAGUGUCCAUUCAAAUACAAUAACUUUGUCUAUCGAAUUUCCCUUUCGGCGCCUCUCAACAAGCAGAUCGAGACAUGUCAGGUUCAGCCUGGCUGUGUUCCUAUCCCCCGUGGUAGCAGUAAGCUGAUUCUUCGUCUCACAAAUCCCGAUGCCCAAGGCAUGGGUUCAGCAAAUCGUGUUGAAAAUGAAGUCGCCAUCAUCACUCUAGCCGCGGCUGCGCUAGGCUCAAUCUUCAAGCCCCACAUUGUACCCCAUCUAUAUGGCUGGUCUGGGAGCAGGUCCGCCCAGGGAGACCAUCAGCAAGGUUGGAUCCUCCAGGAACUUAUUUCUGGAAGCCCUCUUGAUGAAUGCCUAGAUAGCAUGGAUCUUGAAGAUAAGAAAAGGGUAUUUGCGCAGAUCGCAAAGGUCCUCAAAUGUCUUCAAGAAUUUCCUCUACCAAGUUCUAUCACCCAUUUUGGAGGACUCACCUUUGACGCCAAUGGAGAAAUUAUCAGUGCUCCGAUGACCAGCACUGGCAUCGGACCUUGGUCUUCCUACGAAGCUUCAUUCAAAGCACGCCUUGAGCAAGCUCUCAGGGAAGCCGACGAGAAUCAAUACAUCCAGGGUUGGCAUGCAAACGGAGUUCGCGCUCGGCUGGAGACAUUUGUGGAGCAUGGACUCCCAUCGGGAUUUGAGCCGCUUGACUCACGCGAGCAGAGGGCCAUCAUUCACGCAGACUUCAGUGAGUAUCUCUCCCUUAAUAUCUUGUUUGUCACUGGUCCUCAUACAUAUCCCCUCACAGCGCCAAGUAAUAUCUUGUUCGAUGCCUCCUCGGGGCAUAUAACCGGAAUAAUCGACUAUGACUUUUCUUGUACUCUUCAUCCAUCCUACGAGUUUCUACGAUCCUUUUCAGGCCUUGGUGGCCAGUUUCGUGGCUGGUCUGGUGUUGAGGGUCAUGAACAAAAGGCGCUUAAAGACGCUAAACUCAACUGUUUCCCGGAUACUUUUCCAGAUGAGAAAGACAAAGAGAGUCUGGUACAAUGGAAGGUUGCUAAAGUCUGGGAGGACAAGUUGGAAAGGGCGGGUUGCAAGCGCCCAAGCACGAUGCCGGGAAUUGAUAGAGUGGCCGACGUCGACGCCCUUCUUAGCUCCAUUCUCCCCUGGCGUGUGACCAAUUCUGAUAUUUUGCGUAGACAAUCAGAUGAGGUCAUUCGAAAAUGCCGCGAUGACAAUGAAGGGGUUUUGAUCAAAAUUUUGGAGCACAAUGGGUUUUAG